AUGAAUCAAUCCAAACGUGAAUUCAAUUUCGGUCAUUCUACAAAUGUAGUUAUAAAAAAAUUACGAACAACAUUUGAUAAACAAAUUUUACCACCUACUUGUUUUGAAUGUUUACCCAAUGAAAUUUUUUAUGAAAUUUUUGAUUAUCUUGAUCCAUAUGAUACCGAUCAAAUAUUUUUAAAUCUUAAUAUUCGUUUUAAAAAUUUACUUACACAGUCAUUGCUUCCAUUGAAAAUUAAUCUUUCAAAUAAAUUAAAUUUAUCAAUUGAAGAACGUUCUCGACAUAUCAUUAUUCCAAAUAAACAUCGUCUUCUUUCACUUCAUUUUAAUGAUCCUUUAUGUAUAAAUACGUUUUUUAUUCAUUGUAACAUUGAUUCAUCAUUCACUCGUCUUGAAUCAAUUAUUUUAAAUAAUGUUCUUGAAGAAAAAAUUUUAGUAAUUCUUUUCUAUCUAAACACUCUAUCAAGACUUUUCUCAUUAACUAUGCAAUGUGAAAAAACAUCAUUACUGAAUAUUGCUGAUAUUUAUCGAUUAAUUUUUCAAUUACCAGUGUUGAAGUUUAACAAAUUGACAUUAAAAAGUGCUCCAGAUGAUUUAAGUGCUCUCAUACCAGUUUCUAUCAAUGUCAAAUUCAGUACUAUUGAAUAUCUGAAUAUUAAUAUGCGUUGUAAUGUCGAUGAAAUUACGUCUAUACUUUAUCAUACACCUCAUCUUCGACAUUUAUCUUGUAAACAAUUAUAUCAAGCGAAUAAAAUUAUUGGAAAAGAAGUGAUAUUAACAUUACCUCAUUUGAUAUAUGCUUCAUUUUUGUAUUGUCUAGUCACAUUUGAUGUAUUGGAGGUAUUUAUCAAAAAAAUCUCUGCAGAGUUACAAGUAUUACGUCUUGUGACAUCACAUGAUGAAGCUUAUCUCGAUGUUAAUCGUUGGGAACGAUUGAUCAAAGAAUAUAUACCACAUUUGUGUAAAUUUCGUUUUGAUUAUAGUGUAUAUCAUAAUGGAACUUCCGACGUGAUACCAGAUCGUGAAGCAAUCACUCAGUUUACAUCAACAUUUUGGAUUGAACGACAAUGGUUUUUUAAAUUUACAGAUAAGUUGAAUUGCUUCCUAUAUUCAAUUCGUCCAAUCAGUAAACAAUGGUUCAAUUCUUAUGAACAAAUUAUGGGCUGUGUUAAUCAAAAGACGGAUGAAUGUACAUUAAAAUCUAACAAUAUUUCUUCUUCGUUUGAAAUUAAUCAAGCUUGCGGUCCUUCAAUUCAAAUGAUUAUCGCAGGAUAUUCACCUUCUACUUGGAAUACAUUUCAUUUGGAUCGAAUGAAACUUUGUUUUCAAGUCAUACCAUUUACUCAUUUAACUAUUCAUAGUAAUAAAAUUCCUUUGGAUUUGGUACUUAAAAUCAUACAUUUACUACCAAAUAUUAUAUACUUGGAAAUAGAUUCCUUAUCAACUGUAUCAUUCAGUUGUUUAGGAAAUAAGGAUAUAAUAACUAUGUUUCAUUCGGUAAAAACUAAUAGCAGAAUUAGAAAAGUAAAAUUUAAUAAUCAAGUUGAAACGAUACAAAUUCGUACGUUGAUGUAUCUUUGUCCUCGUAUGGAAUAUUUCGAGAUGAUAUAUACAACAAAGAAUGAUUUAGAAAAUAUUCUUGGAUUUAUUUCAAUGAAGAAUAGUACAUUUAUACCUCAUUUAUGUUGUCUAUCAUUGUGUGUGCGUAAUGUGAUUAAUGAGAAUAUCAUCGAAAACUUACAUGCAAUUAUUGAUUUUGAAAGACUGUUCCAUUCUCAGCAAGCCUUUCGAGACUAUACGAUUCAAUGGAUACAAGAUAAAAUCUUUUUACAAUGGAAAUUAUGA